AUGCCGGAAUGGAAAUGGGAGAGAAUAACUAUGGGCUUUGUUUCUGGACUUCCUCGCACUCAGAGAAAUCAUGAUGCAAUAUGGGUGAUUGUGGACAGACUAACCAUGAGUGCUCACUUCUUAUCAAUCAGGAUGGAUUACUCACUUGAGCAUUUAGCCAAGUUGUAUAUUAAUGAGAUUGUAGGACUACAUGGGAUCCCUGUGUCUAUUGUAUCAAACCAGAACCCAAGGUUUACAUCUAGAUUUUGGGGUAGCUUGCAGGAAGCUUUGGGUACUAAGUUGAGAAGAAAAUGUCGGACCCCUCUUUGUUGGAGUGAAGUUGGUGAAAGAAAGCUUGUUGGUCCUGAAAUUGUGCAACAAAUAGAGGACAAGGUACAAAUUAUCAAAGAUCCUCUAAAAAUUUCUUCGGAUAGACAAAAGUUGUACGCUGAUCUUAAAAGGCGUGAUAUUGAAUAUCAAGUUGGAGAUAAAUUAUUCUUAAAGGUGACUCCAUGGAAAAAGAUUAUGAGAUUUAGCCAAAAAGGAAAACUAAGUCCCCGAUUUAUCGGACCUUAUGAGAUACUUGAAAGGGUUGGACCAGUUGCAUAUAAAUUGGCUUUUCCACCUGAGUUAGACAAGAUCCACAAUGUCUUCCAUGUUUCUAUGCUUAGAAGAUAUCGUUCAUAUCCAUCUCAUUUUAUUCCAGUUGAAUCUAUUGAGGUUAAUCCUGACUUGACGUAUAAUGAAGAACCUAUCCUAAUUCAAGCUCGAGAAGUAAAGCAACUUAGGAACAAGAGAAUCCCUUUAGUAAAGGUACUUUGGAGGAACCAUUCUGGAAAAUAA